AUGUCCGCUACGCUUGAAGUUUCGAUGGACACUCUCAAGCUUGAACCCAAGCCUGACGUACCGACCGAACAAAGCCUAAGAGUCGAAGGGACUUUUCGAAAACUUCCGACCGAUUUCGAUGGACCUGCCCCCCUGUGUACUGGGAAGCGGAAGGCGCUGAGGAAUUGCCCCGGCGACGAUACAAAUCCUGAAAGCACGCGCGCCGUCAGCCAUAAGUUGUCAGAGGAUAUCGUCAGCAAGACGCUCGUCGGCACCUCAAAAAGGUUCUAG